AUGCCAUCACCACAACCCUCCAUUUGCAUCUCACCCACCUGGCUAAUAAAGCAACAUACGUAUGAUGCUGUUAAUAGACUUCAGUUCAGCAUUCAACAUGUUAAUGUUCAGCACUUGAUAGAGAAGCUGAGCCUACUGGGCCUGAACACCUUCCUUCUGCAACUGGAUCCAGGACUUUCUGACUGUGAGACCUCAGUCAGUUCAGAUCAGGAACAGCAUCUCCAGCACUCAAGCACUCAGCACUUGCACAGCUCGAAUCACAUCAUCAAGUUCACCGAUAACACAACCAUGUUGUUUUACUAUGGGUUUAACAGCAGAGAGAGGAUUUUGCAGUGGCUCUACCAUGCAGUCUCUGGCUUUUUCUACAGGCUUUUUGUUUUGGUGUCGCCGCGACGCAAAGCUGAAAAAGUGCCACCGGUCACCGAGCCUCUGCUCCUCAUCCCCGCCACACAGCUGGCCGAGAAGAUCCGCCGCAGACAGGUGUCGAGUGUAGAGGUGGUUCAGGCCUACAUAGACAGGAUCCAGCAGGUGAACCCCCUCCUGAAUGCUGUGGUUAAAGACAGAUUUUCAGCAGCUUUGGCAGAAGCAGCUCAGGUGGACAGGCUGAUAAAGGAGGAGACUGAGGGUGAAGAGACUCUUGCAGACCGAUUUCCUCUGCUGGGGGUCCCAUUAUCUAUCAAAGAGUCUUUUUUCUUGCAGGGUAUGCCCUGCACUACAGGCCUGGUCUCUCGCGCUGGUUUUGUUGCCAGUUCAGACGCUCCUGCUGUUGCCCUUCUGAAGAGAGCCGGAGCCAUUCCUCUGGGAGUGACUAACACCAGCGAGCUGUGCAUGUGGCUGGAGUCUCACAAUCACUUGUACGGCAUCACCAGUAACCCCUAUGACACGAGCAGGAUAUGUGGAGGAAGCUCAGGUGGGGAGGGCAGUAUUCUGGGUAGCGGGGGCUCAGUGAUUGGAAUUGGUUCAGACAUUGGCGGCAGCAUUCGCAUUCCCUGUUUCUUUAACGGCAUAUUUGGACACAAAGGCACUCCAGGAAUCAUCUCUAAUGACGGCCAGCUCCCUCGCAGCUCAGGGCUUCAGGAGGAACUUCUGAGUACUGGUCCAAUGUGUCGCUAUGCAGCAGACCUGCUGCCUAUGCUGAGGAUAAUGGCUGGAGAAAAUGCAGACAAAUUAUCCCUGUCCUCGAAGGUGGACCUGAAGAAGUUGCGCUUCUUCACAGUAGUAGACGAUGGCGGAUCUCCAUGGACAUCUCCUGUGGACAAACAGCUGGUUGAAGCACAGAGAAAGGUGGUUCAGCGACUAGAAGCAGAUUUGGGAGUCAAAGUUAAGGAAAUUAGCUUUCCACAGCUAAAAUACUCCUUCCAGAUGUGGGAUACAUGCAUGGCACUGCCAGAUGAAGAUGGCAAGCCACCACAGCCUAUGGUGGAGCUGAUGGCAGAUGGAGGUUCGACCGUGUGGCCGGUGUGGGAACUGAUUAAGUGGAUUUUUGGGAAAUCUGACCACACACUGCCUUCUAUUGGUGUGUCUCUAAUGCACAGCAAACCAUCACCGUUCUACCUUAAGCAGAAAGAGGCACUGCAGCAUGACAUGAAUGAGGUGUUGGGAAAGGAUGGUGUGCUGCUGUACCCCUCACAUCCUCUGCUGGCCCCCAAACACCAUCAUCCCUUAUUCACAGUGUUCAACUUCUCCUACACAGGGAUCUUCAAUGCACUGGGCCUUCCUGUUACCCAGUGUCCUUUAGGGUUGAGUGUGGAGGGUCUUCCCCUCGGGGUGCAAGUGGUGGGAGGGAAGCUGCAAGACCGGUUAACGCUAGCUGUGGCUCUGUAUCUGGAGAAAGCUUUCGGAGGUUGGAGGAACCCAGGAACCGCCUGAGAGAAUGGACCACAUGGAGCUGCAACUUUCAUGAAAUUAUUAAAUAUACUAAUGAUCAA